CACACACACACACACACACACACACACACACACACACACACACACAUAUGCAUAUACAUUUACCCUGCAGGCUCUUGUACGCCUCUGUGUGUGAGCCCAGUUUGCGUAACGUGACAUUUGGUGGUUUUUGGUCAAACACAAAUGCCUCACAAUGUAAUCAAACACAGAGAGAGACCGGAACUAAACCAGGAGUAAACCAGGACUAAACCAGGUCACAACAAGGGCUAGACCAGGACUAACUACAGGGCAAAACCUGGGAGAAGGGAAAAAAGACCCUACCAAAGACCAAAGACUAAACCAGGACCAAGCUUGGACUAAAGCAGGUCUUUAACAGGGCUAAGCAAGAGUUAAACCUGGAAGAAAGACAAAGACUAAACCAGGACUAAACUAGAAUUAAACCAGGACUAAACCGAGACUGGAUUCGGGAGAUGGAGGACGAUGUGCAGUACAUUUCCGUGGUCUUCCAAAACAGACCACCACCGCAAACGGAGACUAAAGAUGAACAAACUGUUUAUUCAGAGGUGAACAUCAAGAAGGGAGAGUCGGCCGAGCAAAAUCCAAACCAAACAAGUGUGAGAACUGACAGACCCAAAGAGCCACGACCUCCAGCCUCGCACCAGAAAGGUGGUGUGCGUCCCAUGUGCGUCUUCUCGGUGCUGCUCGUGUGUCUGUGUGUUCUUCUGGGCAGCACUGCAGGACUCAUCUACUUGUCAAUAUCCACGACCAAGCAGCACUCGGAGAACCUGCGCCUGUCUUCAGAGAUGUCCCUGCUCCAGGAGGAGAUUGUGAGGCUCAAGGGCCAAUGGGCAGAGCUACAGAAUCUAACCCACAACCUUUACCAACAGAGUGACCAACUCAACUGGACCCUCCAAGUCAUCCUGGACUUCAGCCGGUUCCCCGUCAGUGACUUCUGUCCAAACAAAGAGUGUCGUCCAUGUUUGGAUGGGUGGCUGCUCUUUCAGAACAGUUGUUACCUGUUUUAUGAGAACAAUGGGUGGAGAACCUGGGAUAGGAGCCAGACCUACUGCAAAGAGAAGAGCGCCAUCUCUGGACUGGUGGUUAUUAACUCAAUCGAGGAGCAGGAGUUCAUACAUGCAAACAUCAAACAUUACUAUGACGACUACCAUGGAUACUGGAUCGGUCUGUCAAAGCAGAAUGGGAAGUGGGUGUGGGACGAUGGACGGGAGGACACACUGGGGUUCUGGAUGAAGAAAGAAUUCGGAGACACUGGUCCCAAAGCUCUGAUGAUCCCGAAUCAGAACGUGACGGAGAGUUGGGAUCCUGCAAAAAACGAGAUGAACAACAGGUUCAUCUGUGAAAGUAAAGCACUCAUCAUCAACUGAUACUUGUGCAAUUACUACAAACCAAAUCAAAUGUACAACUAUGACUAUUCCUACUGCUACUAAUAUUACUACUGCUACUAUUCCUACUGCUACUAAUAUUACUACUGCUACUAAUACUACGACUACUACUACUACUACUACUACUGCCACUGCUGCUAAAACUGCCAUUUCUGUGACAAAAAAAGUAUAAAAAAUUGAACUAAUAUUACUGCUAAACUAAACAGACUACUAAAACAGCUUUUACUACUACUACUGCCAAUUAUUACUGCUACUGCUACUACUAGUACUACAAAUACUACUGCUACUACCUCUCUUACUACCAUUUCUACUCUGCAACAAUAACUAUGAAAAGUAGAACUAAUAAUAUACUACUACAACAGCUUCUACUACUACUGCCAAUUAUUGCUGCUACUACUAGUACUACAACUACUACUGCUACUACCUCUUUUACUACUGUCGCAACUAGAACUAUUUCAAAAAGUAUGAAAAAACAGAACUAAUAUUACUUCUACUACUACUGCAACUUCUGCUAUUACUACUACUGCAACUCAUCUUUCACUCCGUAUUUAAACCGUUAAGUAAAACAAGAGCAGUGGUGCGAACAAGUAUUUUUAUUUUUCUGUAUAAAAAUGUAGACAUGUAAACAUAAACUCCAUGCAAGAAUUUUAAAGAUAUUAAACACACAGAUUUAGAUCACCGUGUUAGCGUUUAUUGUUCAUAUUAAAAUGUUAAAACGUUGAAUAA